GGGCGACCUCAAUGAUAUCGAGUAUGAAAACUCCUUUUUAAUGUAAACCGAUGACUUUCAAAGGCGACUAAUAACACGAUAAUACUUCCUUAAAUCUCAUAUCGCCAGAAAACAUCUCCACGUGACUUUCGGGUAAUUUACAUUGGGCGGAGUUUCACGUGGAGGAUUUCCUGUGCGGUCACUUGAACGCACCGCGGCCCCGUCAGCUGUGCGCGCAAGAUGAUCCUCGCGAGCUCAAUCAGGAAGUACCGCGACGGCGGUUGUUGACACGGCGCGUGCAACAGCGACGGUACCGCGUCAACGGCUGCAAUGGAACGUUAACGUUCUAUUUGAGCUCGCGACGUUUGACCGGGAAACUGUGACGGACCCCCGGGUUUAACUGGACCUCUUCAUGGCGAGCCAAGCCUGGCUGGAGUCUUCUCUGCGGCGCUCUGCCAGUCUGGGCCUGGAGGUGCUGGAGCGGGCCUCCAGGCGGAGCGUGGACUGGACCAGCACCGGGGAGUCCCGGACCCCCACUACGACAGAAGAGGACGCACACAUCCCUGUCAAGAGAGCCGACACGGAGCUCGACGAUGUCUUUGCAACCUUCGCAGGGCUCAUGGCACAGACGAGCCAUCAGUGCAAGAGGUUCUACGAGUCCGGCUGCGGUUCCGAGCCCACUGACACCGAGAGGAGACACGUGUCCAGGUUCCACUCGCGGCCAGCUGUUGGCGUGAAAACAUUUGCAGAGUCGUCGGCCAGAAAACACUACAAAGGUCGAGCGUCGAGGGAAGAUUUCGCCAUCGAGGUGUCACCGGGGACGUACGCCGUCACCGCCGGCCUGCCGGAGCUCCGGCAGCAGACCCAGCUGGUCAGCGUCAAAGCUGGAGAGAGCGUCGACCUCACCUUUGACCUUUGACCUCUGACCUGACCAGGAAGCCUCAAUACCAAAAAAACUUACAGAAAAUAAUGCCGUUUGUGUGUUUAUUGCCUGUUUCUACAAAGAUGUCUCUAAUUUUUUAAGAGUUUAUAUAUAUAUAUUUUUUUGCCAUCAAAACAUUUGUAUUUAUUACAUAUUGAGAAGUCGUUAUUUAUCGUAUCGUACACGAGUAAUUUAUCCUGUGUCCUCGAACAUCAUGACAUCUUAAACCUGCACUUAAACCGUAUCGGUGUAUAAAAAUAAAGUGUUAUUUGAAAAAAAUCAA